AUGGCCCAUCAUGGCAUUGCCAGUUCCGAAGAUUUGGCGAAAGUGUGGGCUACAGUGGUGAAUGUUAUCGAUGACGAAUCUUAUACUUCCACACAGUCAGCAGAGAUGACAUUCGCCUCGUCUCAUGCAUGGUUCGAUGGAUCCGUUACUGCGUUCCCGGGAUACACAUCUCUCACGGCAGAUACGCCCAGUUUAACCGGUAGCUCGCAGUCGAUAACUUCCGCUGCAUCAUCAGCUUACUCCUCCACUAUGACCUCUCGUCCAUUGAUCAAUUCGUCACAGCCUACCCCGUCAUCGACUUCUUUAACUCCUACUUCCAGUCUUUCGGCAUCAGAACUUUCCGAUUCUUUAUCUUCAACAACUACGAGUGCGAGCCUUGUCACUAGGUCAAGCACGAAAACCAGCUCUUUAUCGACUUCGUCCUCCACUUCGUCUCUUUCCUCAUCAUUUAGCUCUUCGACGUCGACAUCGACAUCGACUAGUACCACCAGUUCAGAUUCGUCCGGUUAUAGUGGCUGGGUUGGCGGUGGUUACGGAGGCGGAGGAGGAUCCACACAGACCGGCAGCGGGCAAGACCCUACACCGACUGAUACCAACUCAAAUCAAAACUCCUCCAGCGCGCCUGGUCCUGCUACGACGGGAAAGAUCGUGGGUGGUGUAGUUGGUAGUGUGGCUGGUGCGGUAAUGCUGGUGAUCCUUGCUCUCUUCUUUUUGAAGCGCAGAGCAAGCAUGCGCAAAACUCAGCAGGCUCUUCCGUCGGCAGAAGAAGCAGGAGCCGGAGCUGGCGGGAAUAUGACUGGAAUGGAAUCACGUCCUGAUUCUCUCUUAACGGCGACGUACUUUGCGCCGGCAUUUAUGAAACGGUGGAGACAGUCCACCAUGACGACGAAUACCGACAGUACACUCGUAUCUAAUGGUAGCGAGCGGGGGUUCCAGAAGAUCUCUGGCAGAAAGAUCCCGUCCGUGCUAACGCAUGGCGGCGACGGUUUUGGAGGUGGAUAUGAUACCGGGUCACCAACGCUAUCGGAACCGAGCAUGACGACGGCAGUUCCUGGGUCGCCGGUGAAUCCACGAUCACCUCUAACACAGCCUCCACCAUCGACACCAUUCGGCAUGCCGUUGAAUGUGAGCUACACUCGGGAAGCCGAAGAGAACGAUUCAAUUAUGUAUAUGCGAGCGUCACCAGCCCGAACACCUGUUACCAGCACCGCCAGCAUGUCAUCUGUCAGUGCCCCAAUCAACAUACCCCGCCAAUCACAUAGUUCGCUAUCGCCUAUUCCGCAACGACCUGAUAUGUUAGGUCGAAGCCAUCCAAGUUUCGACGGGAGUCGAGGGAGUCGAUUUACAGAAAGUUUGUGA